AUGGGGCCACCACACCCGAGCUCGGCCGUAAGGCUGGAGACAAAUGAGGCAUACGUACCGGAGAUAUGGGCCUGGUAUGUGCUCGGCACCUUGAUUCUCAUUCUCCGUCACGCUGUGAGGCUUCGCACAGUAGGCCUACGAGGUUAUCAGGGUGAUGAUUACUUGUCUAUCGUCUCCCUCUGUCUGUACACCGUCGAUACCACCAUGGGCUACUUCGCCUACUACGCCGGAGGGAACAUCGACGUGACACCCGACCAGGUCGACUCACUCAGCGACGCAGACAUCCGCAUCCUCGAAAGGGGCAGCAAGAUGGAAUUCGUAACGUGGUACACGUACCCAGGCUUUGUCUGGGUCCUAAAGUUUUGCAUCCUGUUCUUCUACCGUCGUCUUACCCUGGGACUGACAAAAGAACGAACCCUUAACUUACUAUUUGUGUUCUGCGGCGUCACCUGGGCCACCCUCAUCAUAGCCGUGAGCUCGACCUGCAGGCCGUUCCACAACAACUGGACCAUCCGUCCGCUGCCGGGGGAGGAGUGCAUCUUCCGUGCUCAGAACUUCAAGGCCCUGGCGGCUCUGAAUAUCGCCACCGACGUGGCCAUACUGACCAUACCUGCGCCCAUGAUUUGGCAUCUACGGGUUCCGCUAUGGAAGCGUGUUGGCGUCACCUUGCUGUUGUGCGGCGGGUUGUUCGUCAUCUCCGCCGCUAUCAUCCGCGUUGCUUUGACCCUUACUGGCACGCCAAGUGUCCUCAACAUCAACCUCUGGGGCUAUCGGGAGACGGUCAUUGCGCUGCUCGCCGUCACUGCCCCAGUGCUGAGCCCAUUGUUCCGGCCGGGCUUCUGGAAACGAGGUGUUUACGUUCCUAGAGAGGUGGAUGAACAACAACGUGGUGCAGAGCAGGAGAUUGCAGUAAUGGAAAGGAGGCGAAGAUGGAGACUGAGGGAUAGCUGGUUCUUCGGAAGCAGUUUGUUGACCAGCUCCUUUUUGUCGAUCAAGUCCAGUGUGAAGUCGAACAUAUUGACCACCAGGACCAGAGCUGCAGAGGUAGACCCUGAAGCGGCCGGGGCGUCAGUUCCAAAUGAAGAGAUGGAAGCAACUGCUGCUGUACAACCUGUCACUGGGCAGCAUGUCGCUGAACAACCUACUGAGAAGACCCAUGCUCACCGCCAGGAGCUAGAAUUCACUGUAGAAGAAAGCGUCCUGCCGCAGCAGAGCACGAAUCCUCACACUGGCCCAAGCCAACAAAAUUCUGAUAGAGGAUAG